AUGGCUUCGAUUUCCGAGAAAGACGUCCGCACUGGCGAGGUUGAUACCAAUGAGUCUACCGACUUCAAAGGUAUCAACGAGAAGGCGUUACUUCGCAAGCUAGAUUAUCGCUUGCUACCACCACUCACAAUAUUAUAUCUUUUGUCCUUUCUAGAUCGCAGUAAUGUCGGAAAUGCGCGUCUAGAAGGAAUGACAGACGAUGUUAAUAUGUCGGGCGAUCAAUAUCUGACCGGUUUGACUUUGUACUUCAUCGGAUAUGUUCUUUUUGAAAUUCCUUGCAACAUCGUGCUGAAGAAAACAACUCCGAGAAUAUGGCUCCCUACACUGACCCUUGUUUGGGGUGUAGUUGCGACACUGCUGGGCAUUGUGCAGAACUAUUCCGGAUAUCUAUCCUCUCGUUUCUUUCUGGGUGUUGCAGAAAGUGGUCUGUUCCCCGGUGUGGUGUUCUAUCUGUCAAUGUGGUACAAAAGAAACGAGCAACAUUACCGGGUUGCUCUAUUCUUCAGUGCUGCCUCGUUGGCGGGUGCUUUUGGUGGAAUUUUGGCCUGGGCAAUCUCACAUAUGGAUGGCGUGGGCAGCUUAAGGGGAUGGAGGUGGAUUUUCAUUCUUGAAGGACUCCUGACUGUUCUCGUCUCAAUCAUUGCCUACUUCUGGGUGUACAACUACCCAGCGACAGCGGAGUUCCUAUCAAACGAAGAGCGAGACUUCAUCCAGCUACGUCUCAAGAAUGACAAUGAUGCUACGCGUGAUGAAGAGUUCUCCUGGACCGCUGUGCAGGAUGCUUUCAAGGACCCCAAAGUCUGGCUGUACGGUCUUGGAUUCCACACCAUGUCGCUGCCCCUUUAUACCUUGUCUCUCUUCCUUCCUACGAUUAUCAAGGAGCUUGGAUACUCUGCCGCGAAAGCCCAGCUUCUUUCUGUGCCGCCAUAUGCAGUGGCAUUCUUCUUGACUAUCGGUGUUGCUGUUGCGUCUGAGAAGACACGCAGUCGUGCGCCAUUCAUCAUGGGAUCGUCUGCUCUUGGAUGUAUUGGAUAUAUUUUGCUCCUAUCGCAGCAUCGCCCUGGGGUUUCUUAUGUCGGAACUAUAUUCGCCGCGGCGGGUAUCUACCCAGCUGUCGCCAUUGUGUUAUCCUGGCCAGCCAACAAUGUGUCGGGUCAGACAAAACGUUGCAUUGCCAAUGCCAUGCAGAUUUCCAUUGGAAACCUUGGCGCAGUGCUUGGAACACAGCUUUACCGCACAGAAAGUGCCCCGAGAUAUUUCCUGGGUCAUGGCUUUGCUCUUGGCUACUUGGUUGCCAACAUUGCGGUUGUGGGAGUGCUGUGGCAAGUCUUGAAGCGUGAGAACGUUGAAAAGGAGCGUGUUAGAGAUGCUCAGGGUCUGUCGCCGCUGAUGGGAGACGUGGGUGAUGCAGAGGGGGAGUUCCAAGGUGACAAGGAUCCUCGCUGGGUGUUCCAGACUUGA